AUGGCCUCCUCCGAGCCUUCGUCCCACGCGAACCCGCCCGCUGUACGCAACGUGAAACAUGUCGUGCUAGGAGACCUCCUGUUCCAGACCUGGUACCAAUCCAUUUACCCUGAGGACCUCGUGAGCAAGGAUACGGACCGCCUAUAUGUUUGUCGCUGGUGUUUCCGGUACUCGUGCGACGCCGACGCCUACACGAAGCACACCCGCCUCUGUCUACACCGCACCGCACCCCCGGGCACCAAGGUCUACGACCAUGGCGGAUACGCGGUGUGGGAGCUCGACGGCGAAGACCAUAAGCUCUACGCGCAGAACCUCUCCCUCUUUGCGAAAUUGUUUCUCGACCAUAAAUCUGUCUUCUUCGACGUCGCGUCAUUCCUCUACUACCUCCUCACCUUUACCGACCCUACCGAUCCGGACAAUUACUACAUCCUGGGGUUCUUCUCGAAAGAGAAGCUCUCGUGGGACGCAAAUAAUCUGGCCUGCAUCUUGGUGUUCCCUCCAUACCAGCACAAGCAACUGGGAAAACUGUUGAUGGGGGUCAGCUACAAGCUGAGUUCGUGGGAGAAGGAUGGCGGCUUGAUAGGCGGUCCCGAGAAGCCCCUGAGCGAAAUGGGUCGCAAGAGCUAUACUCGCUUCUGGAAAGAACGAAUCGCUCGGAUAUCGGAAUGGCGACGGGGAUGCUGA